AUGUGGUGGAAAACAUCUCAAAGUACCCCCCAACGUGCAAAAAACUGUCUCACGUUACCCUUUCCGUCAGUUUUUUUGAAGUUCCGUUACGAACGUUACUGUUCAUCUCCCCCAAAAUUCCAGAACAGCAGCUCCUCCCAUUUGUUACUGUUCAUCGCACCAGUUUUUGGGCUGUCAUCGCCUCCUCCGGCCACCCCAAGCGACGACAUGGAUAUCAAAAGAACCAGCACGUUGUCCUCUACCACCCUCACAUCUCAGCCGCUGCCAACCGUCGUCUGGAUCACCGAAAAAAGCAAGAAAUUGGCCGGUUUUUACCCAAAAUCUCCAUUGCUCGUUCGGGCGAUUCCGAGCACCAUUUUCUUCGAUCCAG